AUGAAAAUAAAAACUGACGAGGGAAAGGAAUACUACGAUCUCUGGUUUGUUGUUGAGGGCAGAGGUGCAAACCGGAGCAGUGUCCUCCAAGCUAAAUGUAAAUGUAAAGGUGGUCGAGAUGGGGGAUGCAAGCACAUUGCAGCUGCCAUGUAUUCCCUUGAAGAUUUGUUAAACACUCGAGGUAAAGAUAGUGUAACCAGUGGCCUAUGUAUCUGGGUUAAAAAACCUAGAGCAAAUACUAAAUCUUGCGAAGUGAAAGAGCUGGUAGGCAAAAAAAUUAAAAAACCCUCUCACCAAAUAAGAAAACGUAAACACACUUAUCCUCGGUAUAUUGAUCGAGACGUUCGCGCCCCAGAAGACAGGAAUCCAAAAGAUGAGGAAUAUCUCCGUCAAUUCACAAAAAGAUGUGCCAGUUAAAAAAACUGAUGCACCUGCAGUUAUCCUACCCCCUAUUCAAAAGACUCCACUACACUUCCAAAGCUCCCUCAGAACUGGACAAUAAGCCUUUUAAUAAGGCUAAGACUGGUAUCAUGAAUACCAAAAUACAAGAGAUUAUUAGAGGCCAUUCCAACAUCUCUAGCAAAGAUGUGUUGAGGUUGCUAACCUUCAGUGAUGUAGAAAGAGAUCAUGUAGAGAGAACCAUCACAAUGCAGUGGCAAUGUGAGGAAUGGUAUAUCCACAAGGCUGGUUUCAUAACAGCUUCAAGGUGUAAAAGAGUCUUCACUAGGCAAGAGGCCAUUGAGAAAAAUGAGAAAGAUGUUACAAAGUUGGUAAAGGAUAUUGUGCUACCUGAGUCACCACACAGUUGUGGUCAAAAUCAGGAAGUGGAACCACAAAAUCCAAGAGAGUGGGGAUUAUUUCAUGAGGAGAGUGCACGUAGGGCAUAUCAGCGAGUUGCUAGCCAUACCCACCACAAACUGGAACUGGUCUCAAAAGGCUUUCUAAUUUCAAAGUCAAAGCCUUUCCUUGGUGCCAGCAUGGAUAAUAUUCAGAGAUGUCAGUGCUCUGAUGGUUGUCCAAACAAAGUUUUGGAAUACAAAUGCCCCUGGAAACACAGAGAUAUGCACCCUAAAGAAGCUUUCCUUACCCCUGAAAUUGGUGGCACUGUGAGCAAAAAUGGGUUUGCCUUGAAGCCCUCUGAGUACUACUUCCAACUUCAGCUUCAAAUGUUUCAAGUGAGUGAGCUGUCCUUGAGUAUCUUAGUCGUGUGGACAAAACAAGGUGUCUUUACUGUUGAGGUGUCUUUCAAUGCAAGUUUCAUGACUGAAGUGUGCUCCGAGCUUGAGAUGUUUUGGUUUCAACAGAUUCUCCCUUUCAUGAUGAAUACCUUAGUUUCCACCACUUCUUUUCCUGGUAUGUAGCAUUUUUUUCUAAUCAUGAUUUCAAGUAGUUAAUUUGUAAUUUUUACUUUUCAGUAUUUAUCAGAGCUCUGAUCUCCACCCAGAGAUUGAUAAAUUAUAAGGUCACUCAGCUAGAGAUUUCCAUGACAGUGAUACUGAUAUGUUGUAAUCUUUUUUUUUUUUUUUAAUAGAUUCAACAGAUGAACAUGAAGUUUGCUCAUUGCAAAAUUGCUGUGGUUCACAGACCAUCAGUUCUGCAGCUCUGCAGCCAAGUUAUUCUUGCGACAAUAUCAUCUCUUCAUGCAGGGUAUACUUUGAAGGAGAUACCAGUAUCAGCCCCUCUGCACAAUCAGAUCUUCAUGAAGUUAUAGAUUUGUCGACUUUGCAAACAAACAAUAACCCCUGCCACAUCUACUCCAGAUAG